AUGCUACUGUUUGGAAGACAAAGACUGCUUCCUGCAGUGUCAGGAUUUGUGAUUCUCUUGCUUGCAAGCUCAAUCCAUGGCGCUUCAGAUAGCCUCGAGGGUCUGAACCAAAGCUACAAGAUCGUUCAGCCAUUGGAGCUGACGCCCAAGCUGUCGCUGCAGCUCAAGCUCCACGCCUUCCUGCUCUGGUCGUCCGUCGGCUUCCUGAUGCCGAUCGGCGUGCUGCUGAUCAGGUUCUCGAGCAACGUGAAGAGCGCCAAGGCCGUCAGGGUCCUCUUCUACUGCCACGUCGCCGCGCAGGUCGCCGGCGUGGCCCUGGCCACCGCCGCCGCGGCGCUGUCGAUCACCAACUUCGAGAACGCGUUCAACAACACCCACCAGAGGAUCGGGGUCGCCCUCUACGGCCUCGUCUGGCUCCAGCCGCUCAUCGGCUUCCUCAGGCCCGACAGGGGCGUGAAGGCGAGGAGCGUGUGGUACCUGGCGCACUGGCUGCUGGGGGUGGCGGUGUGCGUGGUCGGGGUGGCCAACGUCUACAUCGGCCUCCACACGUACCGGGAGAGGACCGGCAGGAGCGUCGGGCUCUGGACGGCGCUCCUCACCGCCGAGGUCUCCGCCGUGGCGCUCGUCUACCUCCUCCAGGACAGGUGGAACCACGUCGUCCGGCAAGAAGAGGCGGCCGCUGGCGACGAGCGGCGGUCGGAGACGGAGACGUCCGAGGAGUCUCCGUCGUACCCGGCCAACGACCACAAGGAGGUGGCCGUGAUGCCGUAG